ACGCUGUGUCUAAAUAUACAAACCGCCUUCAAGUCAGCGCCUUGACAGAGCACUUUACGAGUCUUGGAGAGUGGCACCGUCAGCCGAGGCGUAACGUUUUGAAAGCUCAGCACGCACAGUGGAGAGCGGGGAUGAGUUAAGGGGAUUAUAAAGGAAUGAAAAUACGGUUUUGAAAGCGGAAAACAGAACGAGUGAAAAGUUUUGCUUCCGAAAGAACCGGUGGAGUAGCUACACUGUGGCCAUUCAACUCCGACCUCCGAGGGUUUUCCUAAGCUCUUGAGUUGUAAACAUUGUUGAAGUUGUAAUUAAGAGGGAGAAAUCAGUCUGGGAACUUUCUCUGGAAGCUCAGGGAUCUAUGGCAUAAAGCCUGUCCUCAGAUUCAGCUGCUCCGUGGAGAUUGCUGUUGAGGAGCUCCUUAACUUUGACGCCCCACUGCCAUUUUCCACAGCCUGAGGGGAAGCGGGAAGCAGCCGGCAGGAGACAUGCCUGCCCUGGCCACCGGAGCCGGCCACGAGCCAGAGGGAGAUGUCAGCCAGUGUUUUCAAUCAGUCAUUUUCAGCUCCACUCACGUCUGUGGUCUGUAUGAGUUGCUGGCGGCCCUGCCAUCCCAGCUGCAGCCACAUGUCAAGUGCUCUGAGGACAACACCUUCCUUCAGGAUAUGUUUGGAGAGAGAAGCCUCCACUCGCUUGUUAAGAUCCAUGAACGGCUGCAGCACUAUGAGGAGAGCAAACCCGUCCCCAUCCUGGAAAGAGCUGCAGCUCUGGCAUGUGAAGUGUCUGAUGAGCUGGAAGGGAAGUCGGCCAGUGGGGAUAUCAAAGAGCUUCUAAAACUGCUGGCAAAACCACAUGUAAAGAGCCUCCUGUCUGUCCAUGACACGGUGGCCCAAAAGAAGUACGACCCUGAUCUACCUCCACUGCCUGAAGACAUCGAUGACAAUGAGGAUUCUGUGAAAAUUAUAAGACUGGUCAAGAACAAAGAGCCUCUCGGAGCAACAAUAAGGCGUGAUGAGCACACAGGAGCCACCAUUGUGGCCCGGAUCAUGAGGGGAGGAGCAGCCGACAGAAGUGGGUUGAUUCAUGUUGGGGAUGAACUGAAGGAGGUCAAUGGAAUCCCUGUGGAUGACAAGAAACCGGAGGAAAUCAUUCGUAUUCUGGCCCAGUCACAAGGAGCCAUUACCUUCAAAGUUGUUCCUGGUGCAAAGGAAGAGGUGCCUAUCAAGGAGCCACAGAUGUUUGUGAAGUCACUCUUUGACUACGACCCAAAGGAGGACAAAGCCAUCCCAUGUAAGGAAGCUGGUUUGGCCUUCAAGAAGGGCUCCAUCCUUCAGAUCAUGAGUCAAGAUGAUGCAACCUGGUGGCAGGCCAAACACGAGGGUGACACUAAUCCUCGUGCAGGCUUAAUACCAUCCAAACAGUUCCAGGAGAGGAGACUUGCAUUGCAGCAUCCUGUUAUGACUCUCCCAUCCUUGAGGAGCUCUACUAGACGAUCAUUCACAGUGACUACACAACAGAGGGGUACCCCAGACUGUGUCUCACUAGAUGAUGUGGCAAUAGACUUUGCUGAAGAGACUGAAGAGGAUGCUGAUUAUAGUAGCAGAUUCCACAUAGCUGGGUUCAGGAGAAGCUUUCGUCUCAGCAGGAGAGACAGAAAGACGAACAAGUCCAUGUACGAGUCUAAGAAGAGUGAAAUGUACGACAUGGCGGAUGUGCCCACGUAUGAGGAGGUCGUCCCGUACCGCAGGCAGAAUGGAAGCAAAUACAGGCUGGUGGUCCUAGUCGGACCCACAGGUGUCGGCUUGAGUGAACUCAAGAAGAAACUGUUGAUCUCUGACCCUCAGCACUUCAGUGUGACCAUCCCACACACCAGUCGAGCCAAAAAGAACCAGGAGACUGAUGGCGUGGAUUACCACUUCAUCUCCAAGCAGCUCUUUGAGACGGACAUCCACAACAGCAAGUUCAUUGAGUAUGGUGAGUACAAAGGGAAUUACUACGGGACAAGUCUGGACUCGGUACGCUCGGUCCUCUCAAAGAAAAAAGUGUGUCUAUUGGAUGUCCAGCCUCAUCUAUUAAAGCAUCUGCGGACAGCGGAGUUUAAACCUUUUGUUGUGUUUGUGAAGCCUCCGACGCUCGAGAAGCUGAGAGAGACGAGAAAGAACACCAAAAUCAUAUCAGGCAAAGAUGACAAGGACACCAGCAAAACAUUCACGGAGGAAGACUUUCAGGAGAUGCUGAGCACAGCCCAGACGAUGGAGACUCAAUAUGGCCAUCUCUUUGAGAAGGUUAUAGUCAACGAUGACCUCAGUGUUGCCUUCAGUGAACUGCAGUUGGCACUAAAAAAAGUGGAGACGGAGACACACUGGAUUCCAGUCAACUGGACUCACUCCUGAGACCAAUACUGACUGUAAAAGGAGAAAAGGGAAGGGCUUUGACAAAAAUAUGCAGGUUUUCUGUCUUUUUUUUUUGUAUCUGCCAUGGCCGGUAUUGGUGGGUAAAACUGGAAUAAAACAAAACAGCACCUGGGUACUGUGUCACCAUACCUGAGCUGCAUUGAGUUAGAAAUAAGCUUUUGCCUGGGAUCAGGUUGGAUUUAGCCCUCAGCUGCGGUCUGGAAGUGGAUCCUCCAGGUCUGACCAGAUCUGACAGGGUUGCGGCUAAAGGCUUUUUUCCAGAAUCUAGGCCUUGAUCAGCCUCUCAGUCUGGGUCACACAACCAUGGCCACAACUUGGAGCUCCUUGGUCCAAACCAGAAUGUGGAACGAGCUUGGACCAUCAUAGCACCAGCAGUCCUGCCAGCACAUCAGUAAUCCAGCCAACCAGGAAUCCUUCUUUAGUGCUUUUAUAACAUUAGACCAUUAGAAACCAAAGGGAUUGAUGUAGUUCUUCUUCGUGGACAACGUAUGUUCAUAUGUCUCUAAAAGAGCACAGCACUGGGGAAAAGGGAGAAAAGAAAACAUGCUUGCCUUCUGUCUUACUCGACUUCUGUGCUUCUAAAUGCUUCCAUGACUGUUACUCCAAGCAAAACACUGUCAGGUACACUCUCAAGAAAGGGCAAGUAUAAUUUUAUCUAAAAGAAAUUAAUAUAUUUUCUAAUAUCUUCUAGUAGUUUUUUAAAAAAUGAAUUUUAUAUACAUGUCUUUGCCUGAUCUCAGCUGUAGCCUCUGGACAGCUUCUUUCACUAUAGGCAUCUCUUCUUUCAGUGAAGUAUUUUGAGUUCUUCACAUCAGUCUAGUUUAUCUCCUUCAGAGCACAUACAGUUACAGUAUGUUAUUUAGGUGUUGUAAUAUCCAUUCAGGAGUGUUUUGAAAAAUCACCCUUCAUGUGAAGGUACCCAGUAUAACAGCUUCUGCCAGGUUUAAGUCCCAAAACUGGACAGCCUUGGCUGUCAGGUGGAAGAAAAUGUACAGCUGUUUUAUUAGGGUGGAGUCCUUAUUUUUUAUUCAUGUAAAAAUAGCUUCAGCAAGGCUGCUAAAAGUGAUUCCAAGCACUCUUCCAGGACUUUAACUUAAGAAGCCGCUUCUGACCUUAUGUCCAUUAGUUUACUGUUAAUUUGAGUCACCCACGCCAGGCCUUCCUUACUCAUUUUUUGCCCAGUACUUUUCUUUGUAAGCUUUUAUAUAGAUGAACCUAACUUUAACUUCUGGGAUAUCGUUUUGCAAUACAGCUAGCCACUUAAUCUGGCUCUGUUGUCAUAAUAAUAAUCACGGAGAAAAAUCCAUAUUUAUUUAUUUAUACUUUGUCUCAAGGCAUUUUAGGUGCUAAUUCUCUAAGGUCCUGCUCCCUAAAACUUUCUUCUGGCUGGUUGCCCCUCAUGCUUAUGCAAACAAAACCGCUCAUAAUCAUUGCCUCCUGAGAUGACACCCCCCCAGAAACAACCAGGGGGAAGAGCUAGCCUAGGUCUGCUAGAUGUAAUGAUAUCGCUCCUUGUUUUUAACAACAGUUUGUUUGUAAAACAUUUUUAAAUUCACAGCAGGCUAGUCUUUUAAAUUUCUUAUGGUUUGUGCUGGCUCAGCUAAUUGCCUCCAAUCUCUCGCUGCAUACUUAACAUGAAACACUAAGAAGAGUAACACUCUUCCAAAGUCACUGUUAAAAAAAAGCAAUAAGCAUAUUAUCCAAACUGUCUAAAUGAUUCCUUCGACUCUGUCUUUUCUUUACUCUAAUAAUCCUCUCAUACACUGCUGAAUGUCUAGCUCAGGUUGUAUUUUCCAAAUUGUGUUUAUUUUUGCCCUUUUCACCUACUGUGAUAUAUACAACCUUGAUUUAUGUCCUUUUUUACAAGGUUACACAUAAGUGUUUAAACUGUUCAGAUGUAAUACAAUUUAAUAUGUCUUUAACACCCCGUCUGCUUUAAUUUGUCCUUAUUUUUUUUGUUUAUUUCUUCACUCUUUUCAUAUCUCACCCCCUGCUGCCCAUCUUAUAGUCAGAUUUGUACUCUCCAGAAAAUACUUUUUAAUGUCUUCCUGUAAACAAUAUACUGUUUACGAGGCACAUUGUAUGAAUUUGCAAUUUUCUUCAUAACUGCUGCAUUUUUUUUA